UUCCACGACGGAGUCCGCGGCUACUACGACAGUCGACGGACCUACGAUCAGUCACCAGUGUGGUGUGUACUGACGACGUCGUGUGUUGCGUGUCGGUCGCUGUUCUUUCACGUGUCGCUAUUGUCGUCGUAACCGUCGUGCCAUGUCACGUCCAACCACAGUUCUGUGUUUCGUUUGAAACUACAGCUUUUACCGCUUCUCUUCGUCUCCGUUCUAGUCCAGAAAUCGCGAUUUACGAAAAUGUCCGUCAGCCUACCGCUGUUGUUGGCCGCCGCGUCCGUCGUCCGAGGUGGUUCUGCUGCGUACUGUGACGAAAACUUGUUCCCAGAAGUCGACGACGCACAGCGACUGGACUCCGGCGUUCGGUUCACCAAAGAACUGAGCACCACCGAGUACGGGCCCCUCAACUCAUUCAAGACGCUUCACUGUUGUGGCGAGAGGUAUCUCAGUCUCGAAUGGUUCAAAGAUAAUCGCCCUUAUCCGUGGCCUGGUGACGUCUCCAGUUUCAUAUUGAAUCCUGAAAGUGCUAAUCAAACCAUAUACACGCGGAGUUUGACAUCGUCCGACCAUGGCGUGUAUACUUGUCAGCUGGCCAAUCAAACGAACAUUGUAAAUCAUUCAAUGAAACUCGUCACGUUUGAUGUUAAGUCUUAUUGGGAAGACCCUCUGCCUACGUAUGAAAUGGCUAAUAUACACUAUGCACAACCAGGAGAAUUGGUCAGACUAUACUGUGAGGGUUUCGUAGGUAAAGUUGGUCUUCCGGAUGCCGUCAACACUAUAACGUGGAAGAAAAUCAGUGAAAAACAAGCGAUUGUUUCAAACGAAAAAUACAAAAUAGAAGAAGUGAUUAGAGAAAAUGACCAAGUAUUGGGAGCAUUCCUAUUCAUAAACAAAAUUGAAGAGACUGACUAUGGACAGUAUAUGUGCUCCAUCAGCAAUACUGAUGACCAAAUUGUGCAACAGUUUACUAACAUCACAAAACCCGUGUUUAACUACGAACAAUCGGAUAAAAAAGUGCAAAGAGACCUUAAAUUGAUAAUUUUUGUCAUGAUUGCGUUAAUUUUGAUCGUUUGGAAACGCCGGUGGUUCUACUUGACAUAUCAAAAGCUGAAGAAAAAAUUAGAAAGUGAUAAAUAUGCGCUAUCGGAGAAAACUAUAUAUAAUGUAAUAGUAUUUUACGACGAAGCGAACAAAGAAAAUGCCCAAUACUUGGUGGAAAAUAUGGAACAUCGUGAUAAUUAUAUAACUAAGAAAUAUCACAUCGAUUUCGUCGAAGACUUAAUCAAAACACAAACAGAUUUGGUUAAAGGUUUUGACUUUGCUAUAUAUUUAUUAUCUUCAGACGAUAAAAUUACAUCGUUAUUGAUGAAAAAAUCAACGCCAACAUCUUUCGUUCAAGACAACGUCAUUCCUAAGAAAUACAUAAUCGACUGUAGCAAUAUGCCCGUGACGCCAACGAAAUCGUGGUGUGACAGGGUCCUGGCGGAUCUGAGCAGCGACGACCACGCGAAGCGAAACAAAAAUACCUCGAACAAGUUGAUGAGAAUCGUCUAAAUGCAAUUGUAACAACGUUCGGUAGCCGUCAAUGUCAUAAUAUAAUAAUUAUAUUAUUUUGUCGAAACAUAGUAUUCCUAUACACACCAAACCUUAUAUAACCACGGGAUGAGAUUCCAUAUAAACAAAACAAAUAUCUUUAUUUAUUAUUGUUAUAUAAUCUAAUAUAAAAUAUUAUAUAGGUACCUCUAAUAUUAUUAUUGAUUUCGUUAGGAUAAUAAAUAAUAAUUUAUGUUAUUAUUACUAUUUACAACCGACAUGUCCCAUUAUAUAAUAUAAUAUGCUGUAUGCGAUUUGCGUGUAUUAAUGCAUACCUUUAUAUUUUGUAGUGUAUACCUACGCGCGUGUAUUAAUUUUUGAUAUCCUAUAUGGGGGCGCGACUUAUUAUUGUAAUGAAUAACAUCGUAGUUUUUGUGCGUGUUUUUUAUCCGUGUUCUACCAGGGAAAUUGAACGGACAAAUUUAACGUAGGGUCAAUUGUUGUUAUUAUUAUUACGAUGUGGCUUACAGCGGUACGAUUUUAGUAAUUUAUUUAGUAUUGGUUUAAGUCGACCGGUCUGUGUGUAUAAUUAUUAUUUAUGUAAACAGUAUUAAUUUGUGCCGCGGGGAAGUGAUCAAUCAGCAAUUCUUCCUCGCACAACCCUAACUUUGCUGAUCAUGUUAUAAUAUAAUGUUAUAUGUUUGUUUCCUUCGAUUGUCGCCAUAUUUCUCUCUCUCUCUUUCUAUCUCUGUCUCUCUCCUCUCUCUCUAUCUAUAUAAUAUAUUACGUCCCUUACACCCUCGAUCUUAGAGAGCGAAUCGAGGUUUUGAUUAACUUUGUUUAAUCACCUAGGUUCAGUAUUGGAGAUAACAUGUAAUUUUAAUAUUAUAAAAUGCCUAUUAUUAAAUUUUUUAAUUUUUAUUUUUUA